AGAGAAAGAGAGAGAGAGAAAGAGAGAGAGGCAGCGCUCCGACAGAAGAGCCUGUUCUCGGUUUGUCUGUCUGCGCUGCGGCUCAACCCAUCACCUGCGGGGAGGCUGCACCUUCUGCUGUCCAUCUCUCCUCCCGCAGACGGACCUGAACCAGCCGGGCUCGCCUCCGGAGCCCUCCAUAUGGGCUCACCAUGCGUAGGAUACGGGCCAACGCCAUCGCUAUUCUGACCGUUGCGUGGAUCCUGGGGACAUUUUAUUACCUGUGGCAGGACAACAAGCCCCAGUCGUCGCCGUCGUCGUCGGCGUCACAGACCCGCAGCAGGAGCCAUGGACAGAAGGUGGUCCCCCCCGGUCGGCUGGAGAUCCACCGGGACGACAGAACCAUCCCGCUGAUAGUGACCCAGCCCCCUCGGGUGGAGCAGCAGGGUCAGCUGUUGGGCGGCUUCGAUGAGAAGGCCUACCUGGCAGGGAAGCAGCUGAAACCGGGCGACGACCCGUACAGAGAACACGCCUUCAACCUGCAGGAGAGCGACCGGCUGGGCAGCGAGCGAGCCAUCAGAGACACCCGACACUACAGGUGUGCAUCGCUGAAUUAUGACACCGAACUUCCUUCUACGAGUAUCAUCAUCACUUUCCACAAUGAGGCUCGCUCUACUCUCCUGCGAACCAUAAAAAGUGUCCUGAUGAGGAGUCCUCCAGCUCUGAUUCAAGAACUAAUCCUCAUAGAUGACUUCAGCUCUGACCCUGAGGACUGCCAGCUGCUCUCUCAGAUCCCCAAAGUGCGAUGCCUGAGGAACGGCAGGAGAGAGGGUCUGAUCCGAUCUCGAGUGCGAGGAGCUAACACAGCCUCUGCCUCCAUCUUGACCUUCUUGGACAGCCACUGCGAGGUUAACACCGAUUGGCUUCAGCCAAUGAUCCAGCGAGUCAAGGAGGAUCAUACCAGAGUGGUGAGCCCCAUCAUUGAUGUCAUCAGCCUGGAUAACUUUGCCUACUUGGCUGCAUCUGCUGACUUGAGAGGAGGAUUUGAUUGGAGUCUCCACUUCAAAUGGGAACAGAUUCCCAUCGAGCAGAAAAUGGCGAGGAGCGACCCAACGCAGGCAAUCAGGACUCCAGUCAUUGCUGGCGGGAUCUUCGUCAUGGACAAGAGCUGGUUUAACCACCUAGGACAAUAUGACACCCACAUGGACAUCUGGGGAGGGGAGAACUUUGAGCUUUCUUUCCGGGUGUGGAUGUGCGGAGGAAGCCUGGAGAUUCUUCCCUGCAGCCGUGUGGGUCAUGUGUUUAGGAAACGGCACCCGUACGACUUCCCAGAAGGCAACGCUCUCACCUACAUUAAGAACACCAGACGGGCUGCUGAGGUGUGGAUGGACGAGUAUAAACAGUACUACUACUCUGCGAGACCGUCAGCCCAGGGAAAGGCUUUUGGCAGCAUUGCGGACCGUCUGACACUGCGGCGGAAGUUGAACUGCAAACCUUUCCGUUGGUAUAUGGAAAACGUCUAUCCUGAGCUGAGGAUCCCGGAGCAGGAAGCGGUGUCCAGUGUGCUGAAACAGGGUGGUUUGUGUCUGGAGACCCGUGGGACAGACAUCCUGGGCCUGGCAGAGUGCCGGGGCAUCGGAGGCAACAGGCCGCAGUCGCAGAGAUGGGAACUGAUAGAGCCGCUGAUCCGACAGCAGGAUCUCUGCCUGGCUAUUAUGGGCUUCACAGCUGGGUCAAAGGUCAAGAUGGAGCCCUGCAAUACAAAAGAGCCCAGACAGAAAUGGAAACCUAAAGGCACAGCUCUGCAGCACAUGGUCAGCGGUCUCUGCCUGGACAGUCAGACCCCCACAGGCCCUCCUGUCAUCACACAGUGUCGCCCCCAGGUGGCCAGCCAGACCUGGGAGCCACAGGUGAUCACCUGAGCCACGGCGGGUGGGGGAGAGGGAGGGAAGGAAGGAGCAGAUUCUGGACCCGGCCUACAGAAGGACUCAGAGCAUCACAUCUGCACACUGUCUGUCGCCUUGCAGAGGGAUGGAAGGAGUGAGGCUGAGAACUGUACUGCUGUGAUGUCAACUUCAAGCUCCUGCUCAUUGUGUUUUAGUGACAAGAGCGUCACUAAAAAAAAAACAUUUUUAGGCCUUGUUGAGCAAAACCUCAAAGGUCUGUUGUGUACAGUGCUUCAUCCUUCAAGGAUGCUGCAGUUCUUCUACGUAAUCUAAGCUUUUCACUGAAAACUGUUGCACAUCUCACUUUUUAUUUUCUGUAUCUAUCCUGUUCAACGAUUUGCUUAACAUUGGAAUAGCGAGGAUUGCCUCAGAACAAAUGAGUGCAUUUUGUACUGUAGCAAAUGUGUUGAGGUGCACCUGAUCUACUCUGAGUCAAAGUCACUGCUUGUCUUGUUGCCUAAUCAUAGGUGGAGGCAUGUCUGAUGGCUGCGUGGACUGGAUGAGCUUUGUGUAUAGCCAAGUAAAAUCUGAGCUUUUUUUUAUUGCUGAGUUUUGAAAGCACCAUGCAAAGCACUGUCAGGAACAUUAUUUAUUGUUUUGCAUGGUCAGACCCAAAGAAUGUUUUUUUUCUGUCUCUCUACAAAGUUUUAUGUAAAUAUUUGAAGCGGAUAAUGGCUUGUUUUUUGUGUAAAGUACAUCUAUAUGUUGUUUGAAAAAUAAAACGUGGUAACAAAGAAAUUCCUUCUCUA